AUGAGUGCCGAAUUCGACCCGAACAAUCCUCUCAGACUAAAGAACGUACGGCAGAAUGACGAAGAUAGUAGCGAAGCUGAGGACUUUGACGUGAACACAAGGAGAAGAAAGAAGAGGAAUGUCGAUGCUGCUGGCUAUGAUGAAGACUCAGAGAACGACGCACCUUUUGACUCUGAUGUUGGUUCAGAGGACGAUAAGGCUGAGGGGAAAGAAGAUGAGGCUAAGGAAGAAGAUAACGACAGUGAUAUGUUCUCGGACGAUGAUGAAGAAGAAGCUGAAGCGAAGACAACAAAGAAUCAGAUUAAAAUGAUGGAUAUGGAUCAGUUUGAGAAGGAAAAUAUGAUACAAUCCAAUGAAAGCUAUAAUAAAACCGGUGCAACUGAUGAUGAUGAAUCGGAAGGUGAUGGUGAACCAAAGAUGGACUCCUUCGACUUGAGAAAGGAGAUGCAAGAAGGUACAUUCACAUCAACUGGUGAAUACAUUGAGAUGCACACAGAGACCAACCAAGAGGACGAUGAGCUCUCUGCUUUCAAGAAGGAUGAUAUAAGAAGGGCUAAACUAGCUAAGGAAGCACAGGAUGAAAGAUUGGAACAACAGAGGAAGAUAAAGGCUGAAGACCCUGAAAAUACCGCUGAAAAAUUGCUAUUCAACCUCAUUGGAAUGUUGAAGCCUGUUGAAUCACCAAUGGAAGCAUUACAAAGAGUUAACAAACAACAGCCCAAGAAGAAACGGAAAAACAAUAAAAAAGUCGAGUUAACCGAAGAAGAGAAAUCGAAGGAACAUGAGAGACAGAUAUCCGUCGCUAACAUUACAGACUACUGUGAGUCUUUGAUGGAACAAGGAUUCAAGAACAUAUAUGAACUUGAAAGGGAAGAACUGAUGCUAUUGUAUAGACAAGAGACCGGGAGGGCCUACGUGAAGCCAAAGACUGAAGAUAUCACUCCUGAAGAACCCAAGAUUUGGAAGUUUAGAUGGAUCGAGUUGAAGUGA